AAAAUAUAUUUAAAAAAGUAUAAAAUACAUAUUAUUCUUUUGAUUUACUUUUACAUGACAUAAAUAUAAUGCAUUCAAGAUCAAUGUGAUGAAAUUACAUACACUUUACUUGAUUCGUUGCCGUAAGGCGCAAAUGUAGAUGCUGCGCAUGCGCCUUAGAGUAAAAAUGACUGAUUGCGGAAGCACGUUGUUGAGCAGGUUUCUUUUGGAGGGAAGCUGAGCUGUCGAAAGCACGUUGCUUACUCGGCAUAUUACAAAAGAGACCUCUAAAAAUUAGAUUUUUCCAGCGUAUUUUUAAGUCUGGUUUGAGAAAAUCAUUCAAUUAAGGUGAAUGAGUUCUGGGAAUGUGGCAAUGUAAAGUCUGUGGCACAGAGGUAUCUAGCAGGAGGAAGACGAAUGGUAACCCUGAAGAGGCACAUUCUCAUAUAAGAAAAGAAAAGAAAAAUGUCAAGUCCAGUGAUUCUGAGGAUUGUUUUUGGUGGGGAGGAUGAUGCAAGAAAACUUGUACUCAAGAAAGGAAUCCCGAUGUCUGUCGAUGACCUUGUCCAUGACAUAAUCACAGUUUUUGGGUUGAAGCAAAAGUUCAGGCUGCAGUACAAAGAUAAGGACUUUGGAAAUGAAUAUGUGAAUCUCAUGUCUACCAGUGAAAUUGAAGACAGGGAUACCCUGAAACUGAUUUUUCUAUCAACUGAAGACUCUAAUUCCAGCAUGCUAGAGACUGAGCCUGCUUUACCUUACUGCUCCACCACACCUUCACCCAGUGCAUUUAGUACAGCUACCUGUGAUACUGCUGACGUGAGAGAUGUAAGCCCCUCUUCUAUUGACCCAGCCCAAGAAGUCAACUUGUCUGAUGACUCGGUAUGCAGCUGUGCUGAUACUGUCGUAGUUUUGUCUCCUGAGUCAAGAACCUGUUCUUGGCCUCAGGUUUUUGUAAUUCCUCGGUUUUCAUGCUCUGCUGAAAUUCAGCUUCAGAGAGCUGAUGCAGAGUUCAACAAAAGUGGAACACUACUUAUUCCACCACCAAAACUAAGAUCGGACAUUCUUGAAGGCAUGGCAGAGCAGAUCUUUAGGUUUACUGCAUAUCCCACUGAUAGUCAACUUGAUCAGGCAGCUGAAGCCCUGAUAAAUGCCCACCCUUACUUGAGGGAAAAAGGAACUCACACGGGCCAUGAAGGAUGGAAACACUACUUAAAGAUUAAGAUGGCUAAUUUUCGCUCAAAACUCAGCAAGAUUGGACACCCUGAAAUCGCUGUGAAUUCUCUUAAGAACAAGCGUAAAGGUCAAGGUAAAGCAGCAGCAAACAUCAAAAAGCCAAGGAAAGCUGAGGUAAAUUUCCUUCCUUGCUUCCCAAAAGGAGAAACAGCUGAGAGCAUGGAGAAGGAAAGAAUUGCUCUCUUAACUGAAGUGAAAAAGAAAAAUAAUGAGGCAGUCAUCAAGGAAAAAAUGCAAUUGACAUUCUCCUAUAGGCGACAAGAAUUGGUUGAGGACAUGGGAAUGGUUUCUGAUUUACAAAGCAGGUGGCCGGCACUGUUCACAGUAAAUGAAAUAAAUGCUGAAUUCAUGCUGAUAACUACAGUGCCUCUUCUGUCAAUGUUCUUCGGGCAGCUGGACAGAUACACUUUUAAUCUGCAUAAGGUCUUCAACAGCAAAUGAGGUGCUUCUGGACAGAAGAUAUCACGCAUUAUGACAACUGCAGACAAGUGUGAUGACGUAUACAUCAAACGAGACUGUGUCAUAAAGUGUCUGUGUGUGUACCUCAAUGAGGACAUUACAACUCUCAUCAAAGAAUUUGAGGACUGCAACCCUGAAGAAGCUGAGAGAGGAAUUUCAGAGACCACUCUGGGGCUUUAUGUGAUCCAUAAAGAAGGUGCAGCUGAGGAAGUUCCAGAGGAUAUUGGAGUAGCUAUAGAGGGUGUGAUGCUGCUACAUCACUUGAAGAGUAUUUCCUUUGGAAUAGUGAUGCUGUUUGGCCUGAUCUACGCUCUCAACUUAAGCUACCCUCAGAGUCUCAAAUUCACAUUUGAAUUUUUCCAGAAGGUACUGAUGAAUUUGGAUGGCAGCAAGCUUUCCCCAAAAAUUCAAGCUCUUAAAAUUAAAAUGUUUCAGUAAAUUGGGAAUUACUGCUUGCCUUGAUGUUUCCAACGACUGGAAAUACAUUGAAAACGUAAACUUACAGGGAUGGGACAUGAAUAUUCUGAAAGGCAUGUUCUACGAACUGAUGACACUAAUGCAAGAGAAUGCACCUGAGAUGCCUUUCUCCUUCCUGUGUCUCUGAUACUCUUGACACAAAAUGUGUGAACUCUUCUGCUGUUGACCCAGUCCAGAAACAUAUCUGAUGACUUGUUUUGCAGCAGCACUGACACUGUUAAUGUUAUUUCUCUGAAGAAAAAAAAAUCUCUGUCAGGAUUUUGUAGUUCCUAUGUUCUUAUGUUCUGGUAAUAUUCUGCUUCGUUGUGUCAAAACAGAGUAAGGAAACUUUGCUACUGCACCUAAAAUAAGACAAUCUUGAAUGGUUGUCUCUGGAAAUCUUUAGGUAUGUUGCAUACCUAACUAAGAGCUUGUUUAGGCAGAUAAAGCAGCAAGUUUAAAUGUUAAAAAUGUGUUACUGUAAACUGUCAAGUUAGAAAUGUGUUCCUCUUUAUUUUUUAUAUAUAUUUGUACAUUUUAUUUUCUUUAAGUGACUUGAUUGUUUAUUGAAAUACACUGUACUGAGCAGGGAUAACUUAAUUACCUUGAAAAUGGUAAAAGAUUUUUUUUUUUGGAAAUUCUGUGAGAUCGGGUUGGAAAAACACAGUACUGUGGACUUUAUGCUUGUCUGGUCUGUUAUGUUCUCAGCUUCGUUCAUUUUAGCAUCUGAACAUGGUUGUUGUGAGAGAGACUGGGUUGCCAGGUAUUAAGAUGGCUGUUACUUUGACUCAAGGAGCAAUUGCAACAAUAAAUGCUUGUUAAUUAAAUUAUGUUUUUGACCAUUUAUUUAAUAGAAUUAAAGAUGUAUAAUAGU